AUGCUAUCCGUGCACCGAAGAGUCGUAAAUGGCGCACAGUUCAAGCCUCUAUCAGCGUCAUGGCGGAAUUUCAGCUCUAGUGCCCGUCGUGAGCAACAGCGUCUGGUCGUCCUCGGCUCUGGAUGGGGCGGGUACGAGAUCCUCCGCGGCAUCGACAAGAAACGCUGGAAUGUCAUCGUUGUAACUCCGUCUAAUUACUUCAACUUUACUCCGCUGCUUGCGAGCUGUGCAGUAGGAACGCUUGAGUUUCGUACCGCAGUCGAACCUGUUCGACGUUACACGCCAGAAGUGAAAACUUACCAAGCAUGGUGUGACAAAAUCGACUUUGAGCACAAAACUCUCAAAUGUAUGCCUGCCACGCCCCCGGUCCUGUCAAGCGAGGAUCAAACCGCAGCUCAGAACCACACAUUUGAGCUGCACUAUGAUGCACUUGUCAUCGCCGUCGGUGCUUACAGCCAGACGUUCGGCAUUCCGGGAGUGAAAGAGCACGCGCACUUCCUCAAGGAUAUCUCGGAUGCGCGGGCGAUCCGCAAUCGUGUUCUGGAAUGUAAAACAGGUUUCGAACAGGCGAACCAGCCAACACUCAGUGACAUUGAGCGCAGGAACCAACUCCACUUCUGCAUCGUCGGCGGUGGACCCACCGGUGUCGAGUUUGCAGCCGAACUACACGAUCUACUGAACACGGAUAUCAAGAAGCAUUACCCAACUCUCCACCGCCUCGCGAGGAUUACCUUAUUUGAUGUGGCGCCCAAUAUUCUGGGUAGUUUCGACGAGGGCUUACAGGACUUCGCAGUCCAGCGAUUUAAGCGUGAAGGUAUUCGCAUCCUGACUCAACACCAUGUUGAGAAGGUCGAAGAGGGCAAGCUCUUCGUCAAGGAAAAGGGAGAAGUUCCCUUCGGUCUACUUGUGUGGAGCACAGGUCUCGCGCCUAACCCCCUCAUUAAAUCGAUCAGCGAGGCAAAGAAGCAUGAAAAGACCCACAGCCUCAUCACAGAUGAGCACUGUCAAGUCCUCAUGGGCCCGGACGCUCAGCCAGAUCCCAGCAUCUUUGCUAUUGGUGAUUGCGCCAUGAUCGACGGGACACCUCUGCCCGCCACCGCCCAAGGUACGCCCCCAAAGUACCUCACGAAGAAGCUGAACAAGCUCGUCCGCGGCGUGGAGCACACAAAGCCGUUCGUAUUCAACGACAUGGGCAGCCUCGCGUACCUCGGCGACUGGCACGCCGUGUACGACCGCACGAAAGCCGACAGAGUCAAGACGAAGGAGGCAGGCCGCUUCGCGUGGCUCCUCUGGCGCUCCGCGUACUUCACGCGCACGCUCAGCAUCCGGAACAAGAUCCUCGUGCCCUUCUACUGGUUCAUGAACUGGCUUUUCGGACGGGAUUUGAGCCGGUUUUGA